AAGGAUUUUUCCGUGGUACAAACGAAUUUCUCAGUAUUUUUUGUUUUUUUCCCGCAAAGAUCAAUGUCUCAGCAUUUCAAGUUUCUCUCCCACCAAUAAUGGGGUCCUGUUGUUGAAUGAUCGACCAAUAAAACUAUACCCUCUGUUCGAAGCCAAAGUUUCAGAAGUGAAAAAGGUACAAUCUUUCCAAGUUUGAAGGGUAUUACUAUUAUGGCACAGUUCACUACGCAGGGUCGCCUGAAGCUGCUCUUCAAUGGGGAGGGUGUGUCUUCUGUUUUGGAGCACAACAAGGACCCUUUUCUCUACAACAAGUGCAGAUCAGUUCAAACCCACAAGAGAAGAACAACAAGGUGCAUAGGUUCUUCUGCCAGAAUUUACUAUGUAUCAUCAUCUCUAAGUAACAAAACCCACCUUUGUAAUGCGGAGGCAUGGCUCACUUCUGGCAAUGGGAGUGUUCAUGAUGAAUAUGAUGAUGAUGUGGAGGAUGAUGAUGAUGAUGUGUUUGACCGAGAUGGGUUGUCUUGUUUCCGGGGUUUGGUGUUGGACAUAGCUUACAGGCCAGUAAAUGUCGUAGGCUGGAAACGUGCUAUAUGUUUGGAGUUUAUGGAGAAGGCUGAUGUACUGGAGUAUUAUGCUAAGACAGUGAACUCCCCCAGUGGUUCUUUCUAUAUACCAGCUGUUUUAAGGGUUCCUCAAUUACUUCAGGUUGUUAAAAGAAGAAUAGUCAAGAACAAUCUUAGCCGAAAAAAUAUACUAUUUCGGGACAAUUACACCUGUCAGUAUUGUUCUUCGCAUGAGAAUUUGACCAUUGAUCAUGUUAUGCCCACUGCACUAGGUGGAGAAUGGACAUGGGAAAAUCUAAAUUGGAGAAUUAGAAAUGUAAUUGGCAUAGGCUUUGAAUCACAAGGACUACUAUCUUUCAACCUUCAUUAUCUACCACAGGUGACUGCUUGUGCCAAAUGCAACUGCAAAAAGGGUAGAAAAACUUUAGAGGAAGCAAAAAUGAAGUUGAUUAAGCCCCCAAAGGUCCCAAAGGACUAUGACAUUCUCGCCAUACCUCUAACUGCCGCAGCUCUAAGAAUGCUGACAUUAAGAAAGGGAACACCUGAAGAAUGGCGUCAGUAUCUAAGGUCUCCUUGAGUUAAUCAUCAAGGUUGUUGUAUAGUCCUGUAUGUCAUGCCAUCCACACUAAAUUUAUCCUUGCUCACCCCCCUCCCCCCCGCCCCCCCAAAAAAAAACAAAAGAAAUUAAAGGAAGAAAAAAAAAUCCUGAUUUUUAGUUUAUUUCAAGGCACUUCAAUUUUAUAAAGAAAUUCAUUGUAAACAGUGCUCUUCAGUCCUAAUGAUUGUGUAAAAUCUAUGCAUAUUAAUUCCUAUCUGCAGUUGUAUAUUAACGUUACUUAGCAGACCUUCAUCACUUGGAUAAAUAUGUGGUACUCUUGGUGAAAUUAAGAAUUGAUAUGUAACUAAUCUAAUCCUCAGAAUAUUUACCUCAUCUAUUAUGUUUGUUCACCCUUGUGAGUUGGACUA